GCGGCGCUCCGGCCGCCGCUCCCGCUCCUGGGCGCUCCCCGGCAGCCGGAGCCAGCGCUCAGCGCGGACCGGCCCUUUAUGCUGGCGGCCGUCGCUCCUUCCUUCCUCGCUCCCUUCCUCGCUCCCUUCCUCGCUCCUGCCUGCGGGGCGCCGCUGCCCGGGGGCCAUGGCGGGGGCGCCGGGCGGGCCGUAGGUGUGGAGCUCAGAUCCAACACGAGACUCAUGUGAGCUUGCCACAUCUUGGCUAAUGGUGAUAGCUCAUACUUUCACUUCUGUAAGAGAAGAGAUUUGGAUUCUUCCUAGUGGCAGUGAUGCUACCCACUCACUGAGUUUCCACAGGAUACAGAUCAUGCCACUGGACUGUAUUUGGAUAAAGGAUGAGUUCAGUGUUUCUCUGAGGAGUCUUCCAAUGCAUUUUCCACAUUACCUUUUCAUGGCGGUCUAAGUGAGCUUAUGUGAAACAAAUAGUAUUGGAUCAUGACUGAAGAAAAGAACUUUGGUGCAUCCCAGAAAAUGUUGUCUCCUUCAAGAAGUACUAGCAGCUGCUCCUCCAAGCAGGGAAGUCGACAGCAGGACAGCUGGGAAAUUGUAGAAGGACUCCGGGGAGCAAUGAAUUGUACCCAGGAGCCACAGAAGCAGGAGGGCUGCUUGCUGAAAAAGAGGAAAUGGCCUCUGAAAGGCUGGCACAAGAGAUACUUCUUUUUGGACAGAGGGAUUUUGAAGUAUUCUAAAUGCCGAGCUGAUAUAGAGAGAGGAAAACUUCAUGGGUGUAUUGAUGUUGGACUUUCUGUCAUGUCUGUGAAGAAAUCAACAAAGUGUAUAGAUUUGGAUACAGAGGAGCAGAUAUACCACCUGAAAGUGAAGUCUCAGGAGCUGUUUGAUGAGUGGGUAGCCAAACUUCGCCAUCACAGAAUGUACCGUCAGAAUGAAAUCUCCAUGUUUCCUCAUGACGCCAACAACAUUUUCUUCCCUGUGUCUACUACUACGGACUCUGUCCCUGGUUUCUGUGAUUCUGCUCCAGGUAGAAAGGCAGGCAGCCUGACCAAACAGAAUUCAACAUCAACUGGAGGUAAUUUGUCAUUUUCUUUUUCGAGUAAUGAGUCCAGGAUUUCAUCUUGGCUACAGUCUUCUGAAGACAUGGAAAAAUGCUCAAGAGACCUCUCCAACUGUCACACAUAUUUACUGGAAAUGAACCAGUUGUUACAGAGCAUGGAUGUUCUUCACAGGACAUACUCAGCGCCUGCUAUAAAUGCUAUGCAGGUUGGACCUUUUGAAAGCCCAAAGAAGGAGAAGAGAACACACAGAAGGUGGCGAUCCAGAGUUGUUGGGAAAGAGGCUAAAGGAAUGUUACAGGUGCCUUCAGUAUUUUCUGCCCCUAUGAGACUGCAUGCUUCCAAUCCAAACUUAUCGACUAUAGAUUUUGUAGAGGAGAAAAAUUACUCUGAUGGCUCUGAAACAUCAUCAGAAUUUACUAAAAUGCAAGAGGACUUAUUUCACAUUGCACAUAAAGUUUACUUCACCUUGAGGUCAGCUUUCAGCACCAUAUCAACAGAGAGAGAAAAGCUGAAGCAGAUGCUGGAGUACGAUGCAUCCUCAUCUCCAUCUGCACAAAUAGUGGGCUUGAAGAAUGCCUUAACAUCUGCAAUAGCACAAAACACAGAUCUUAAAGACCGGUUACGCAGAAUACAUGCCGAAUCUAAGAUCAUUGAUUCAGCAUCUAAUGCAAAAGCAAGCCCAGAUUUGGUGAAGGAAAAUUCAAGAGAAGAAGGCAGAGGUCUGGUUCACCAGGUCUCCAAUGAAAGCAGACUGUCUAUCGCUGACUCUCUCACAGAAUUUUUUGAUGCACAGGAAGUCCUACUGUCUGCUAGUUCUUCAGAAAAUGAGGUAUCAGAUGAUGACUCAUAUGUAAGUGAUAUCAGUGAUAAUGUCUCAGAAGAUAACCUAAGCAAUGACAUGGAGAAUGAAAGACAAACUUUAGACUGCAUUUCUGAAAGCGGAAUCGGAUGCAAUUCUAAACGGAGAACAUGUUUACCAGCUCCGUGCCCUAACACAAGUAACAUCAGCCUGUGGAACAUCCUGAGGAACAACAUAGGGAAGGACCUCUCCAAGGUGGCCAUGCCCGUGGAGUUAAACGAGCCACUGAACACCCUGCAGCGCCUCUGCGAGGAGCUGGAGUACAGCGAGCUCCUGGAUAAGGCAGCGCACACGCCAAACCCCUUUGAGCGGAUGGUAUACAUAGCUGCCUUUGCAGUCUCUGCCUAUGCAUCCAGUUACUACCGAGCUGGAAGUAAGCCAUUUAAUCCUGUGCUUGGAGAAACCUAUGAAUGUAUUCGUGAAGAUAAGGGUUUCCAGUUCUUUGCAGAACAGGUCAGUCACCACCCACCUAUUUCUGCAUGCCAUGCUGAAUCUGUGAAUUUUGCUUUUUGGCAAGAUGUCAGAUGGAAAAACAAAUUCUGGGGAAAGUCCAUGGAAAUUGUUCCAGUUGGCACCACGCACGUAACUCUCCCAGCUUUUAAAGACCACUUUGCAUGGAACAAGGUGACAUCCUGUAUCCAUAACAUCUUAAGUGGGCAAAGAUGGAUUGAACACUACGGAGAGAUCAUCAUAAAAAAUCUUAAUGAUGACACGUGCCACUGCAAACUGACUUUCAUAAAGGCAAAGUAUUGGAAUCCAAAUGCACAUGAGAUUGAAGGCAGUGUCAUGGAUAAAUCUGGGAAAGUUGUGCAUCGACUCUUUGGGAAGUGGCAUGAAAGUUUGUACUGUGGGACAACUUCAUCUUCAAACUGCAUAUGGAGAGCAAAUCCAAUGCCUAAAGAUUAUGAACAGUGGUAUGGAUUUACACAAUUUGCACUGGAGUUAAAUGAACUGGACCCACAAACUAGGUCAUUACUCCCACCCACUGAUACACGUUUUAGGCCAGACCAAAGGUUUCUAGAAGAAGGGAAUAUUGAAGGAGCUGAAAUACAAAAGCAGAGGAUCGAGCAGCUACAGAGAGAACGACGGAAGGUGCUAGAAGAAAACAAUCUAGAGCAUCAGCCUAGAUUUUUCAGGAAAUCCAGUGAUGACUCCUGGGUGAGCAAUGGAACCUACAUGGACCUUAGAAAAGAACCUGGUUUUUUCAAACUGGACAAUCCUGUCCUCUGGUGAAAGAGGAGCUAAGUGAAGAUAUUCUGUGCUGUAUUCUUGGAUCUGAUUUAAAAGACAUAUAUAUAAAAUAUAACUGUGUAUCUAUAUCUAUAUAUACACACACACAUAUAGAGUAUGUGUGUGGUGUGUGCAUAUGUGCAAAUGUGCAUAUCUCCAGAAUUGUGCUUAAUUUAGAAUCUGAUAAUUUGUUUCCUUUACUCAACUAUUGCAGUGAUUGUUUGAAUGUAUAAAUAUCCUAACUUCUUUUUAUAAAAUAUUUAAUAAAUAGUACUGAAUGUUAACAGAUGGAAAAGAGAAGAGCUUUUACACUACUUUUUCAAUGUGUAAUAACGUCAGUUCUGAGUUAAAUUAUGCCUUACUGAAUUGCAUUGGAGACAGUAGCAUCAGCAUCUCCUAGCUGUGCUGAGGAAGAGUGCAAGCCUUAGUAACUCAGACUGUAGGUAGGCUUCCACAGUGCAGUGAGUAGUUCAGCUGUCUCUAGGCUGCUAUCAAUUGCUAAAACAGAUUAUCAGCUGGUGCUGGAAUCUGACUAUGAUCUUUUGCUGUCUGUAGAAAGAUUGAAGUAAGCUUUUGUUUCUAUUAACUUUCUUCUUAGCUUUAUGGAAGAGGUGGUUCUGAGCUUACGUCGGUGGUUCUACUGCCUUAUACAUAAACUGUACCCGGUUAAAUGUUGUGCUAGAAAGUCAGGAAUCGCCAAAAUUUUCCACUGGGAAAAAUUUUCACUUCAGAUUUAUAGCCCCCAACAGGGCAAGAAGAAGACAUCACUUCUACAUACUGCUUGAGCAGUGACUAGAUGAAGAAGCUCUUUUUCCAGUAAGUGAAAACUGAUACAGAGCACGAAAUCCUGUGCUUCCAUAGCUUCAUUUGUUUUUAUUCACUUAAAAAUGGCAACAGUAAGACUUUUUAAAAAGUAAGCAAACUGAUUGUUUUAAGCUAGAAAAUUUUUCCUAGUAUUUUGAUAUUUUCUACCUCUUAAGAAAUAACAUAUUUGGGAUCUUAUAUUUUAAAAAUUACCAUCUGCCUUAUGGAGAAGUGUAUGGAGUCUUUGAUCUUCCUCUGUUUGUUUGUUAAGUUCAGAUAAAUAUUUAAAUAUCUUACACUAAAUCACUUGCAUCCCAUUUCUGUAAUUUUAUAUGUAUGAUUGAAUUUGUGAAGCUACUAAACCAUAGGUCAGAAAUUUAGCUGGAAACAAAUGUAGCAGAAUCCUCACUCUUGAAUGAAGAUUAUAGAAAUGGGCAGUAUUUGGGGUUUUUUUCCAUCAAAUCACAAUGCCAUAGUCAUUAACAGAAUAAUCUGCAUUUCCACAUAUCUGCAACCCAAGCCUAAUCCAUGAGUCUUCAAAUCUGCUCUGUGUGUCUGCAACUCUGGCAGCAACGCAGUUUUCCAUGUGAUGGAUCUGCAUCCUAUCACCUUUUCUUUACAUGGCUUUGUAAAGACACAAAACAAACCCAAAUGCUGGCAUGUUAAAUUGGCUUAGGCCUGGAAUGACUGGACAUAGCAUGAAUAAAGUGGACUCCUAGGAGGACAGACUAAUAGCUUAGAAAAGUUUGCACUUUACUGCAAUUGUGCUGCAUUGUUCUAGAGAAAAUCUAUUAAAUAUGGUUCCAUGUAUUAUAUGUAACAUGAAGGAAAUACUAUGAAGGUUUUAAAUUUUAAACAAAAUCUGUGGUGUUAGAUUAGAUGUAUAUUUGAACUUUGCUUUUUAUUCAAGCCUCAUUGUCUCAGAGACAGAUGAAUGCUUUUUUCACCAUUUUUCAUUUUGCCCAGGAUCUCUGCCUCACCAUCAUUUCCAUAAUUUAUUACCAAAGAAGUUUGCAUAAUUAUGUCUACUUAAUAUGUCUUCAGAAAACCUGACUACCACGCCAGCAGCUUGUAACAAGGCAAGGUUCACAUUUAUGUGAAGACAAGAAUCUGGGCUUUGAUUCCAAAGGAACUCUCAAACUUUGAGGGCUAUUUGGCUUUUCAAGAAAAAUGAGGUUUGCUUCAUGACUUGUUCCCUUCCUGUCUUUUACCCUUGUAUUAACUGUCAAAACCUGGCACAGACAUGAGUUGAUAAUUGCAAUUAUCCUUGCUGUUGGUAACUACAAUUUAUACUAAAAAUGAGAUUCAUUUAAAAACAAAAGAGGGUAGAGGAAACAAAAGCUUUUAAAAAAAGGAGCAAAAUUUCUGGAGGCUGCAUUAAGCUUGUUCAUUGUCAUAUUUGGCAGCUACUGUGAUAUGGUGUGAUCUGAUUGCUGGGUUUCUAUAUUCUGUGUGUGUGGAGGGGAUUCCCCCAUACAGGUAGUAAACAAAACCAGUCUCAUAUGGGGUAUUUGAGUCAUGAUUUUCUCUGACACUCCAAACUGUCCAAAUUACAUGGGAUUAAGGAGAAGAAGCAUUGGGCUGAGCAGUGCCUUAUAUAAAAAUUUCUUCAUCAAAAUUUCUGUAUAAAGAAAGUAAAGUCCAGAAUUUUAGCAUUGUCUCGAUAAAAAUGCCUGAAUAUAACCCAGGGCAUUUCUUAAAUGCAUGAAGCAAAAUCAUUGAACAAGUUAAUUGCUCCUUUUGUAAAUCUAUAAUACACACCUCCAAACACAAUGUUGCCAGUUGUGAAUGAUCCUCUGACCCCACAUUUCCAACUGCAGUAUAGUUUUCCCUGCUUACUUUUGUAUGAAACAAUUGGGUUUAGUUGUUAAACUUCUGUUAACUGUAUAUUAAGAAGUGGAAGAAAUUUGUCUUGAUGUUAGUUCUGUGUAUUUCUGCAUGUAAAUAUAUUCAACAUUCACACAGUUAAUAUAUUCUAUAAAGUUAUUCUUGGUAAAAUAUGAAAUUUUGGUAAUUUUCUUCCACAAAACUUCAGCUGUGUUAAUAGGUACAAAAUUUAUAUUAGCUUUCUGCAGUAUAACUAAGACAACUGUUAUUUUUAAUAACUGACACUGAGGGAAUUUUUAACCCACUAUUUCUACCCUGAAUGGUAAAAAAAGAAUGGAUCAGGAGAUUUAACUGCUUUCUUUCAUACACAGCUGUGAUCCCCAAGGUGUGUAGCUCAAUGGAUCAGUCUUAAAAUUUCCUGGUGACCCUUGCCUGCUGUUAUAGUUCUCUUACUUUAUGACUUUUUAAACAUUGCUUAAUACAAUUUUGGAGGUCAGUUUGAGAAGCGUUCGUGCAGCUCUGCCUUUCUUUUUGUGUCUCUUCAUGAUGUCAGACCCUCACUAUAAACUUCCAUCAAGGUGAUGGAGCAGCUCAGGCCCUUGGGUGUUGAAACCCUGCUUCAUUUUGCAAGUUGUAAAGCAUAGAAAGAAAAAAAAAUCCAGGGAAAUAUUGUACAUAGGAACAGAAACACACAGCUCUGCUUUCAGUUUUGCAGGCUUGAUGCUUAUUUUCUGAUUUUGUGUAAAUUUGGGAUUACAAAACAGCAUCACUUGUUCAGGAGGGCACUCUGGGUAGCGUAAAGUGCCCAUUAGACCAAGUGGAACUAGAAUGCAUCAUUAAUCACUGCACUCCUUUCUGGAUCUCUGCUCUCUGAGAUACGCUUGAUGUGACAGCUUGCCAGCACUGAAUUACUUCUUUUAGACACUUUUUGAAAUACAGAUCCAGUACUUAGGCUCUUUAUUUAGAGCUUGGAAAGUUAGAUGCCUGGAAGAAAGACCAAAAACAGCCCAAAUUUUGAUAAGGAAACAUCCUGGAGAUCUGUUCUUCCAUCAACCAGUUUUCUUCAAAGGACUGGAAACAGGAUUGCUGCUUUCUUUUAAAAUCUGGCCCUUGAAGGAUACAGUAGUUGCAAACACAGUCACCUUAUUACCUGGCAGCUUAGUGUUGAAUCCAGAUCACUGGACAGAAAGAACACCAAUUCAUGGGAUCAGAACUAGGGCCCAACCAGGGACCGCUUUCAUGUUGCACAAGGGUCCAGUGCUGGUCUCAAAACAAACAACCCAUCCAAAAACCCCAACCUAACAAAGACUUCAUCCCUUUCCAUGCCCCUACUUUCCCUCAGCUGUUUACAGUCCUGUUCAGGUUUUCUAUGUGGUCCCUUAUUCAGUGUCCCAUUUUUCUUUUUAUUAAAAAAACCUGAUGAAUAGGAAAACAGUCCAUUCUAACAAAUGAUAAGUCAUACCUAGAGGCUGUAGUUAAAUUCUUUUCCCCAUAAAUUCUUGUGUAUCUUUUCCUUGACUGUGAAUGAGACUUUCUUACACUCUGGACCCAGACCUGGUAAGGGUAGUGUGCUAUGGGAAUUUGCAGCUAUAUCUGCUCAGCAGAUCCUAAUUAUGAAUGUCCAAUCUGCUUUUGUAUAAAUCUCUUGUGUUAUCUCUCCAAAUGACCAGGUUGGCAGAGCAGGAAACUUUCAGCAUACCUUGCUUUGUUCAGUAUGGCUUCUUUUUUGUGUACAACUCAUGCAGAGAGGGCGAGCUGAAGAGGAGUGCAAAACUUAGCCCAUAAUGCAUUUUAAUAGGGAAGGAUGACAUCCAGCUCAUCCACAUAACUGAAUACAACUUGCAAGGGCUAGAAUGAGAUGGUGCUAUUCGAAGGAGUGACAUGAAAACAAAAGGGUUUUAGUUGAAUGUGUUUUUGUUCAUGGAUUAUGCCUACAAUAAAUAAAAUUCACAGUGUUGACUAACUCAUCCUUUGUAUUUUCUAGCUACUGGUGGGUGCAACUUACUCCAGCAGCUGUGGGCUCAUAAGGAACUGCACAUUAUUUGGUUUACCUUUUGAAGCUUAGUAAAUGCUGUAACUUACCACCAAAUAAAUGUAUUACUGGACCGCUCAGUUCUUAGACACUGUUCUUGCUGCAGCUUUUUGAAAGCAAUAAGAGAAAUUUUCCACAUAAGUAGUUGCCAUAUGUAAAAGAAUUAAUUUAAAUGGUUCAUUUUUAAAAUAUAAAUUGUGGAUUUGGUGUCUUUAAUGUGUAAAACAAAACUGUAAUAAAGCUUAUAAGAAUGUUUGGGAUGUUGAUCCACUAGAGAUGAUGACCUCUGUCAGCUCCACACCUUGGAGAUGGUUGGCAUCCCUGAGAAUCUGAAAGUCUUUGUGUUAACAGUAUUUUGCUAGUCCCAGUAUUGGAAAAACAUCCCACAUGUAUGAGGUAUGACAUAAACAAAGCUGCUAAAUGCUGGAUUUGUUGUUUGUUUUGAUAGGGCAUUAGUGAUUUCAGAAUGAGGAACAGUAUCUUAUGUAUUAGAAUUAUUGCUGACUUUUGGGUACUUGAGAAGUCUCUGUAGUCAGGACCACCCCUGUUUUCUGUUUCUCAAAAAAUUUGUAAUAACGUUGGAGUACCUUGAUGCACAACUUGAUUUAUUUUUGUCUCUGUAACCAAUUUAGUUGGAUGUUAAUAAAUCAAACUUGCAAAAGGUCACAGCA